GAGAGGCAAGAAACCAAGAAGAUUGGACUUCCCUAUCACACCACCCAGCCUGUCUCCACAAGUGUUCCCGCAAGCAUCAGGAUACAUUGAAGAGAUAAGGACCGGCUAGCACAGGGGACUGCACGUAUGUGGACAAUAAGGAUAUUAUGAAAGUUUCAGUUGUGGUAUUACUGCUAUGCUGCUGGGAUAGUACCAAGGCAGAACAGGGUGAAAGAGAGCAGGGCUGCCAUGCCUCUGGGGCGCAAAGCUGUGACGAGUGCCUGGCGUCAGGGCCGCGCUGUGCCUGGUGCUCAGAGGAGAGUUUCAUUGGGCCUGGCCAGUUUACUUGGGAGCGCUGUGACACGGUCAGCGCUCUAGUGGAGAGGGGGUGCCCAUCGGGUUCAAUAGAGGACCCCCGGGGUGACACCGCGCUCCUACUCAACCAUAAGAUCACAUCCCGCUACAGGGACUGGAACCGGCAUGUGCCCCACACCACUGUACAGCUGCAGCCACAGAAGGUCCUAAUGCGUCUAAGGCCAGGGGAACCUCAGACUUUCAAAGUGAAGUUCAAGCGAGUGGAGGGCUACCCCAUUGACCUGUACUAUCUCAUGGACCUGUCCUUCUCCAUGGAGGACGACCUGCUGAACGUGAAGCAGCUGGGAACAGAUUUGAUGGAGGAGAUGAGAAACAUCACAAGGGAUUUUCGAAUGGGGUUUGGCGCGUUUGUGGACAAAACGGUGAUGCCGUACAUCAGCACCAUAGAGUCCAUGCUGCAGAACCCCUGUAAGAGGCAGGAGCCGCAGGCCUGCGCUCCGGCCUUCAGCUUCCGCCAUGUCCUCAGCUUCACCCGCAACGGAAGCCUGUUCAGCGAGCUCGUGGGCCGCCAGAACAUCUCAGGAAACCUGGACUCGCCUGAAGGGGGGCUGGACGCCCUGAUGCAGGUCGCUGCAUGUGAGGAAGCGAUUAGCUGGAGGAACGUGACUCGCCUUCUUGUGUUCUCCACCGACGCUGGCUUCCACUUCGCAGGAGACGGGAAACUUGGCGGGAUUGUGCUGCCCAACGAUGGGAAAUGCCACCUGGAGAACAACAUGUACACCAUGAGCAACCAUCAUGACUAUCCCUCUCUAGCCCAUGUGGCUAACAAGUUGAAGCAGAAAAAUAUCCAGACCAUAUUUGCUGUGACCCAGGAUGUGCAACACCUGUAUGAGGGUUUAAAAGGCUUGUUUCCGAAGUGCGCUGUUGGAACAUUGUCAAACAACUCCCACAACAUCCUGCAGUUGAUUGUUGAUGCUUACAAUGCCCUUACCUCAGAGGUUAUUAUGGACAACAGCAAAAUGCCAGAGGGGUAUCAGAUAGCGUUCAGCUCCUCCUGCAAGGACCACGUGCUUCGGACCGGGGAGGAGGGUCGAAAGUGCUCAAAUAUCUCCAUCGGUGAUGAGGUGAGCUUCCAGGUGAGCAUCACAGCGACGGGGUGUGAGGACGGUGGUGGUGAGGCGCGCGUGUUCAUCAAGCCCCAGGGAUUCAGUGAGGAGGUGGAGGUUGUGCUGCAGCCGGUGUGCCAGUGCAACUGUUCCCAGGACAGACUGGCCCUCAGUCCCAGCUGUAACAGUAAAGGGGUGCUGGAAUGUGGGGCCUGCAGGUGUGAAGAGGGUCACACGGGUACAUUCUGCGAGUGUGAUGAGAACGCGCUGAACAAGGGUGACAUGACCGGUCUGUGUCGCCGGGACAACGCCUCAGAGGUGUGCAGCGGACACGGGGACUGUGUCUGCGGGGAGUGCGUGUGCCACAAGAGCAGGAGGAAUCCUGACCACGUCUACUACGAGAAGUACUGCCAGUGUGACAACUUCCGCUGUGACCAGUACCAGGGCCUGUUGUGUGGAGGGCGGGGCACGUGCGAGUGCGGAGUGUGUCAGUGUUUCCCAGGGUUCAGCGGGAGCGCGUGUGAGUGUGCGCUCGGCCUGCAGACAUGUUUGUCCCGCAGCGGCCUCCUCUGUAGCGGCCGGGGCCACUGUGUGUGCGGUACCUGUGUGUGUGACGACAGCCGCUUCCAGGGCCCCACCUGUGAGAUCUGCCCUUCCUGCCCUGACCUUUGCACCGAGCACAGGGAGUGUGUCCUCUGUCACGUCUUCAGACAGGAUUUUGGCCAGAAGUGCGACAGAGAUUGCAGCCAUCUCAACAUCAUAGUCACUGACCAGCUCCAGGAAAACAAUGACAACAGCUUCCACAGGUGUAAAGAGAAGGACACAGAUGGCUGCUGGGUGCACUUCCUGUACUGGGCCGAGCACAGAGACCAGCCUGCCCUAAUCCAUGUUGCUAAUGAGAGAGAGUGUCCAGCAGGCCCUGAUGUGGUACUUAUCACCGCCCUGGUGUCUGGGUCCGUUGUGCUGCUGGGACUGGUGCUGCUGCUGGUGUGGAAGCUCUUCGCCACCAUCCACGACAGGAGGGAGUUUGCACGCUUCCAGAAAGAACUGGGGAAGGCCAAAUGGGACAUGGAUGAUAACCCAAUCUACAAGAGUGCCAUUACAACUGUUCACAAUCCCAAGUACAAGGCCCAGUGACUGUUCCUUUCUUUGGCAGUGUAAAAUACACAAAGGAAGUAUUUCCUUAUUUAUGUUUCUCCUCAGUGGCUAAAUUCCCUUUGUAAAAUAUCUGCCUAAAUAAGACCAACAGAGGGAAAAGGGAGGGCAGGUAGUUCCUUUGAUACAUGUCUAUAUCUGUAAACAAUAAUAUGUACUGGCUUUGAACACCAUUAAAGCUGUGUGUCCUCAGUAGGGGGUGUGUACAUGGGA